CCUUUAUCAAGAUGUCUGCGUCUGUGUUACUAAAGGUUUGCCGAGGAGGUCAUGCGGCUGUAAAAAGUCCAUGGAAUACAUGGAUGAGAACAGCAUUCUUCUGGAAAAAGAAAGAUGAGCGACUGCCACAAGACAAGGUUGCUCUGGAAGAUGAAAGACUGCAGACUACACCCACUACAAAAAUUCUUAAAAAAAAGAUAGGCCUACAGACAGUUGCAGGCUACACACCACCAGCAGAUGUUGAAGAGCGUGUUGAACAAAUUACCAGAGAAGUGUGUGGGGAUAUUAAAGAUUGGAAAACUUAUGUCUUUGAAAACAACAAUAUUAAAUUUAAGAUUUUGACACGAUUGAUAGCAGAGUUUGAUCACAACAUCCCAAACGUUGAUCUAGCUAGCCUCCAUUCUAUUGGAGAUGCUCUUGCAUUCUUCAAUAAACCAGUGAAAGAUACUUCCAAGUAUGAAGACCUUGCAAAAUUGGACCUACCUCCUAAUGUCCACAUUCAACUGGAGGCUUUACGUUUUGACCCAGCCACAGACACUAUGUUUGGGGGAAUUUCAGCAUUUCCUGACCGGCCCACAAUAGUCAAAAGUAUUAGGUACAGAAAAAAAUAUGGGAAAAAUGACUGAUAUAAGAAAUCUCUAAAUAUUUACAUUGAUGGAAAUGUUGUGAAUGUUGCAACAGCAUUGUAUUUAGUAAUUCACCAAAGAAAUAUGUUUCUUUACUAAUUGUUGACAAAACCAUUUUUUUUCAAAGAUCAUAAUAGGCAAUACACUAUUGAAUUGAAACAAAUGUACAGAGACCAACAUUCAUAAAUGUAUACUUUGUGUUUAA